UAUGUUAUAUGCCCAUAUUAUAUCGCUGUUAAUAUAUAAAGUAAAUUAUCUGAGAGAUUGAGAGUGACUCGACAUUUAUAAUGCCGUUCAGUUCGAAGACGGAGUUGCUCUUUGUAAUGUACGUAUUUUGGUGACGAUAUGUCUCUAGAUAUGAUAUCUGUUUUGUGAAACGGAAAGAAAGAUAGAGAGUCCUCGGCCGUUAUGGCCGAACCAAACAAUGACAGGUCUACAACCAAAAGUAAUUUACGCUUUGCUGUUACAACUGUUGAGAGCGAAGAGACAGAUGAUUUUCACAAAAAUGAUACAACUCUAUGCCCUAGUACAGCUGAGAAUACCAUUGGUUAUGGUACACAUGAAGCAGUUCCUAUGACAGUGUUUUAUAGAAAUGAUUCGUCUCAUGUUCAAGGGAAUGCGAAAGGUAAAUCAAGGCCAACACUAGAUCAAUUAAGAAAAGGGUUUGAAAGCAACAGCCCAGAAAUACAGCCUAUGGUAGCAGAUGAAGAGACAGGUGUCACUGAUCUAGAAAACAGACCAUCAAUAAAACUAAAUAAAUUUGGCUGGAUCAAAGGCGUUCUGGUACCAUGUCUAUUGAAUAUCUGGGGUGUUAUGUUAUUCCUCCGCUUGACUUGGGUAGUUGGUCAAGCAGGCAUUGGUCUUUCUAUUGUAAUAAUUUUAUUGUCUGCAUCUGUGACAACGUUAACAUCAAUAUCAAUGUCUGCAAUCUGUACCAAUGGGCAAAUUAAAGGAGGUGGAGCAUACUAUCUCAUAUCGCGUAGCCUGGGCCCAGAAUUUGGUGGCUCGAUUGGUCUGAUCUUUUCCUUAGCAAAUGCGGUAGCUGUGGCAAUGUACGUUGUUGGUUUUGCAGAAACUGUCGCAUAUAUAAUGGCAGAAAGCAACUCUCUUAUGAUAAACGAAAUAAACGAUACUCGUAUCAUAGGACUUGGCACAGUUGUCAUACUACUUGGCCUAACAUUGAUUGGCCUGGACUGGGUGCUUAAGGCACAGUUAGGUUUGCUUUUUCUUCUUCUUGCUGCCAUGAUUAGUGUUGUCAUUGGCUUUUUUGUAGGACCUUUGAACGACAAUACCAAAUCUAAGGGUUUUGUUGGUAUAAGUUCAUCGGUGUUUAGUGAAAAUUUUCCCCCCAGUUACACAGGAAAAGAGAAUUUCUUUUCUGUUUUUGCCGUCUUCUUCCCCGCAGCCACCGGCAUUCUUGCUGGAGUCAAUAUUUCUGGGGACUUAGACGAUGCUCAACAGGCGAUCCCUAAAGGAACAUUUCUUGCAAUCGGAGUAACUGGUGUCGUUUAUGUACUUCUGGGUAUAAUGGCUGGAUCUUGCGCUGUACGAGAUGCAACAGGAAUUGUUAAUGAGACGAUCACGUGUGCCAUGAUGGAGUGCGAAUAUGGAUUAAAUAACGAUUACCAGCUGAUGCAAAAGAUUUCGAUCUGGGCUCCGUUGGUGAUCAUUGGUAUUUUCGCGGCAACAUUAUCGUCUGCACUCGCCAGUUUAGUUGGAGCGCCUAAAGUUUUUCAAGCUGUUUGUCGAGAUGAAAUAUUUCCUUACAUUAAAUAUUUUGCCGAAGGAAGGGGACCAAAUAACGAACCUCGAAGAGCAUAUAUUCUCGUCUUCUUUAUAGCUUCUGGCUUUAUUGCGAUUGCUGAACUCAAUGUGAUUGCUCCGAUCAUCUCCAACUUCUUCCUAAUGUCCUAUGCCCUAAUUAAUUAUGCUGUGUUCGCAGCAUCAUUGGGUCGGUCUCCGGGUUGGAGGCCAUCUUUCAAGUAUUACAAUAAAUGGGUUUCCUUGUUCGGAGCAUUGUUAUGUAUUGCCAUUAUGUUUCUCAUUGAAUGGUGGGCAGCUUUGGUUACAAUUGUCAUCAUCGGAGCUCUCUAUAAAUAUGUCUCGUAUACUAAACCACAGGUUAACUGGGGUUCCUCGACGCAGGCAGUUACAUAUCGCACGAUACUUGCAAUGAGUUACCAAUACAAUGAAGCAGAGGAACACGUGAAGAACUUUCGACCUCAGUGUCUUGUAUUGUGCGGGUCGCCUGAGAAUCAUGAAGAACUGGUUCACAUAGUUUCACAUGUAACUAAGAAUAACGGAUUGAUGAUAUGUGGUGAAGUGACUGAUUCUGUGGGCACUAAACAAGAUGUUCGUAAGAAAGCCAGGGAAUGGCUUCAUCAAAAUAAGAUAAAGGCAUUCCACUGCAUAUGUACAGCCCGUGAAUUUCGCUCUGGCGUGAGCAGUUUACUGCAAUGUACUGGACUUGGCAAGAUGAAACCAAACACAGUAUUUUUGGGCUUCAAAACAAACUGGAGGGAUAGCUUAAGUAGAAACAGUGCAAAUGAUGAUGACGCAGCCGUAGGGGAAGAAGAGAUACGGGUAGAUACACAAGACGAAGGCCCGACACAACUUUCAAAAGAUUUUGAAGAUUCUAAGGGAACCAAAGACUAUGUGAAUGUUAUCCAAGAUGCGUUUGAUCAAAAUUUAGGCGUCGCCAUUUUUAGAUCAAAUUUUAAUGACACUGAUAAUAUGAAGAACGCAUUACGUAUUUUGAAUGAGAAACGCGAGGGAACCAUUGAUGUCUGGUGGUUGUUUGAUGACGGUGGACUUACGUUGCUCAUUCCGUAUUUGUUAAGUCUUAAUCGUUACUGGAAGAAAUGUGAUUUGCGUGUGUUUACCCCGAAAUCCAUGCAGAAAGAGAGUGAGUUAUCCACCAGUAAAAUCCGAAUGGUUAAAUUGCUGAAACAAUUUCGCAUCGAUGUUUCACGUGUUAUAGAGUUUGAUGGCAUAUCAGAAAAACCGAAGGACGACAGUAUUACGGAUUUUACAAACCUUGCAGGGCAUACGGUGGAGGGCGAAAACAGGAAGAGGAGCUUGCGUCACAUUCGGUUGGGGGAACUACUGAAAAAGCAUAGUAAUAAAGAUACCAGUUUGAUUGUGAUGACUUUACCUGUUCCCAGUGAAGCAGUUGAGCCUACCCUUUACAUGAGUUGGUUAGAAAUGAUGACCAGAGAUUUACCUCCUAUCUUGUUGAUUCGCGGGAAUCACACAAAUGUACUAACAUUCUAUACCUAGAUAUGAUAUGUAAUAUAGACAAAAUUCAAAAUCUAUGACUAAGAGAUAAAGAUAAAAAAGCUAGGAUUCUAUUUAUUUAGUACACAAUUCGAUUUAUUAUUGAGUAGAUUUAUUACUGAAAUUUAGGGCCAGUAAAGGCUCUUUUCUUCUCAUCGGAAAAGCCCGACAACUUAUCGGACUACAUGCAAAGAGAGGUGCUUUCUAUAAAAGUAAACGUUGUAAGAUCAUCGUAUUUGUUUCAAAAAGAGUAUAAAAGAGCUCUAGUCUUUAUUUAUGACGAUGAAAUUAGAGAAAAUUGUUAGGAUAUAUUCUACAAAUAAUUCAGUAUUAUUAUUGCUAUUUUGUUAUUUAUCUGUACGAAUAACUUGUAGGAUUAACAAAUUUCAUUUGUGCUA